AUAGUUAGAUAUUUAAUUUUGAUAGUAUAAAUAGAUAGGAGUGGUGAACAAAAGUUUGAAACUCUUUGACUCAACAGUCAACUUCCCAAGGAUGCCCAUUUGUCGCCAGAAGCGGCCUAAAGAAGAGAUCAGGCAGGGAGGUACUUCUGAGUCUGACAGCACAUGUCUUCAACCCAGUUAUAUUUUUGAAAAUAAUUCUUUGGUGGAUGGACUCUCUCUUUGAAUCAUCUUUGCUUCAAGUGAAGUUGAUGAAUGAAGAAAACCUUUGAGCAGUCAAGUCAAGCUAGAGUUGAAUUUAGUGCCCCCUUUGAAAAUUUUAUUUACAAUGGGUUUAUUCAUGGAGAUCAGUGUACUCUUAGGUUCUAUGAUCACAUUUUUUGUUGGUGGGUGGGUCUGGUUCAUCCGUAAAAUCUUCCGUGACUAUGAAGCCAACAAUACUCUGGUGCAGCUGUUCUUCCCAACUGUUUUCAUGCUCUCGUGCACUAUGUUUGAAUUAAUCAUUUUUGAAAUUGCUGGAGUUCUCUCAGCUAACACGCGUUAUGUCUAUUGGCACAUUGUGCUGUAUUCCAUGCUGCUCCUGCUAGUAUUGGUCAUCCCUUUCUACCUCUGCUACUUUGUGCUCUCUAAUUCUCCAUUAGUAAAAAGUCAGUGGGUGAGGCCGCUGAGUGUGCUCACGUGGGGUGGCUAUCUUUUUUGCUUCUGGAAAAUUGGUGAUCCAUUCCCCAUCCUGAGUCCCCAGCAUGGCCUACUAUCCAUUGAACAGAGCAUAAGUCGCAUUGGUGUUGUUGGAGUGACGGUGAUGGCAGCUCUCUCCGGCUUUGGUGCCGUCAACUACCCCUACACUUCCAUGACCAUCUUCAUGAGGCCUGUCAGCAAGGGUCACAUCCAGGCCAUUGAGAGGAGGCUGCUGCAGAAUAUGGAUCUUAUCGUUGCUAAGAAGAAAAAAAUUGCACUUGCUAAGAGAGAGCAAUUACGCAAUCCGAACAACAUUGAGAACAAGAGCGGACGCAGCUCGGUGUGGAACUUGUUCCGUAGCAGCUCUUCCUCUGACGUGCCUGGUGUUGACAUUGCUGCCCUCAAGUCUGAAGUACUCGCUUUAGAGGAGGUGGGACGUCAGCUGUUCCUGGAGUGCGUGGAGCUGCAGGGGCAGAGGGAGCGGCUGCUGUGGGCCACGACGCUACAGGGCAAGUUCUUCAACUUCAUGGGCUACUUCUUCUCCAUGUACUGCUCAUGGAAGAUAUUUAUUAGCUUGGUGAACAUCGUGUUUGACCGCGUGGGGCGCAAGGACCCCGUCACCAAGGGCAUGGAGAUCGCCGUGCACUGGAUGGGGCUGGACAUCGACGUGCAGUUCUGGUCACAACACGUCUCCUUCUUCCUCGUCGGAUGCAUUAUCGUCACCAGCAUACGAGGCUUCAUAUUAACGCUCACUAAAUUUUUCUACGCCGUAUCGUCAAGCAAGUCAUCGAACAUCAUUGUGCUGGUGCUGGCUCAGCUGAUGGGCAUGUACUUCAUCUCCAUGGUGAUGCUCAUGCGAAUGAACAUGCCGCUAGAGUACCGCACCAUCAUCACCCAGGUGUUGGGUGACCUGCAGUUCCAUUUUUAUCACCGUUGGUUCGACGUGAUAUUUCUGGUGUCCGCAGUCACCACCAUCAUCAUCCUCUACAUGACUCACUCCCACCUGCCCGUUCCUGACGACUUACAUCACAAUUGAUUCAAUGCCUCUCUAGUUAUGUCACCACACACGAUCUUGUCAAACUGAUCACUAUAGUCAUGUUGUCAUUGUCGUGUCCAUCAUUCAUCAAUUGAUUCAAUGUCUCUCUAGUUAUGUCAUCACACGCGAUCUUGUCAAACUGAUCAAUAUAGUCAUGUUGUCAUUGUCGUGUCCAUCAUUCAUCAAUUGAUUCAAUUUCUCUCUAGUUAUGUCAUCACACAUGAUCUUGUCAAACUGAUCAAUAUAGGUAGUCAUGUUGUCAUUGUCGUGUCCAUCAUUCAUCAAUUGAUUCAAUGUCUCUCCACAAUUGAUUCAAUGUCUCUCUAGUUAUGUCAUCACACGCUUAUCAAACUGACAUACUUAUUCAUGUUAUCAUUGUCGUGUCCAUCAUUCAUCAAUUUAGUUAAACCGGCUUGGCCAUAUGUGCUUCUAUUGUCGUGUCAUCACAGUCAAUCUCAUUAACUGAAUAUACUGUAAUGAGUCAAUCUCAUGAAAUAUUAUUCAUUUCAUUCAUUAACUGACUGAUAAACUAUAAUCCUUGGUGAAAAUAGUUUCCAGUGAAAGCAUUAGGUAGAGUUUUAUUAUGGAUGUUUCAACACUGCCAGUUUAUGCAUUAACAAUCCAAUUAGUGUACCACAAACUUACCUUCUGCCUACAGGAUUGCUCAUCAAUCUCAUCAAGAUAUAUGUUUGUUGCAUACAAUCUUGAAGCAAUAAAAUUUUUGAUUAUCUUGCAUCUUUAGAAACCAUCGUCUAGCAACAAUACAAUGUUGUUCAUCAUCUGUUGUACAGACACGCAGCUCUUUGUAGUUGAUGUUUUAGCACCAUCAAUACUGUACCCACAGUAUUGUACUGUGUGUACUGUAGCACACAAUGCAGUACUGUACAGUACUGUAUGUACUGUAAGCAAUAGUACCAUCAAUACCAAGUCCCGUAUUGCGAUUCGAUGUAUCUUAGAUUAGUCAUUAUCGCAUUACAGUCAGCAGCAGAAGUACUGGAAUCUUGUUUGGUUUACUAUGCAUCUCGUAUUUAGUAGCACUUACUGAAUAGAGCUGCAAUACUGUUCAUUCGUUCAUGCUUCUGCCAGUUGCAUAUUACCGUUUCAAUCUGAACGAAAUUGUGCCAAACACGGACGUAUAUUCGUUUGUAUUAUGACUGUGCGUGUUGACUGUGCGUAUUUGUUUGUAUUAUUGUAUUAUGACUGCGUGCAGGAAUUGGCGUAAUGCAGCCAUAUAUAUGGGCAUUGAUCUGUUUAUCAUCGUAGAAAAAAUAGCAUUCAUCUAUUUAUUGACUCAUUGUAAUAAAUUCUCACGUUCACAAUCACUUCUACUGUUGAUACUUGGUCUGGCCCCUCUAUUUAUUAUUCCACUUAAGGCUUCUGUUUUGCGAUAAAGAAAUGAACGAAUUGUUGGUCAUUUUGCUGAGGCAUUUUUUAUUUUUAGUCAUGCCCCGUCGCCCAUAACAAUUAGUUAUGUUGCAUGAAUUAAUUUUUUUGACAAUAUCUUUACUUCCGAGGUCAUACAUUAAAUCUCUGACAUCUCUCCUGCAUCUUGGUGAUGAUAGAGAAGCUAAUGUUGUUUCGUGAUGAAGGAUACUCAGAGUUGUGGUUUGUAAC